AUUGCCAUGUGCUGAAAAUUCGAGGCGGCAUUUCAUUAUCAUUAAAAAGUGUAAAUCAUGUCGAAAACGUUAGUUAAAAAAGCAUUUCUGCUGGCCGAAGAAGGCCUUUCCUCCGGCAAACCGCAAACAGAUGUCAAAACCAACAAGCGGAAAGCGAGCGCCUUAGAACUUAUACCUCGACACCAAAAGCUUGUCGAGCUGGUGGGCAAAAAGGGCCACAAAGUGGAAAAGGAUCUAAUACGGCGCCGUGAAAAGUUGACCAUUUCCGACAUCCGCCAUCAGAUCGCCAAUCGACACGAUCCGACGGAGGAAAACGUUCGCCGGCUUCUUCUGAGCAGUAGUAGCUCGACGCUCGACGAGGAAACGCGGAAGAAGAUUCUAAAGCGUGCCCAAACCGGUCGCACCGUAACGCGGGUGAAUCUGUCGAAAACGGCGCGUCGCCAAAAGGCCAUCAAUCGAAAAGGUAGCAACCAUCGGCCAGAUGAAUCGGAGGAACCCGCGACCGAUGAGCCUGAGGGAACAGGAGAAAGUGUCUUUACGGAGGAUGAUUUCGCCAGCUUUGCCAAAGAACUGGAGAAGAGUGGUCUGUGAGGAAAAAUAAAA